AUGAACACCUCAAGAUCAGGCCCAUUCGGCCGGCAGCCACAACCAAAUGCGUCGUAUGGGACGACGAACAAGACUACUACAGAUCCGACAAAUCGGGUGUACCACGGACACAGCCCUUUCUCGCACCAAGACGACCACGACGAACAGAUACAGGUGCAUUUCAAUGGGGAUUUUGACGACACCUCUACCUUGUCCAACACAAUACAAGAGAAGGAAGGAUGGAAAUACACUACUCAGAAUGCCUACCGAAAGGCUUCGGCGAAGCGCAACUCGAGAUCGUACGCCUCACGCAUAUCCCGUCAGAAGAGCCGAAGGCGAGAGUUGCUAGGACGACAGGCCAAACCAGGCAUUACUGUCGAUACGAGCUUCACAAGGCAUAAAGGCAACGCCCCUCACCAAGUGUUUCCUCACGAUGAUGAGCGGGCAACUGGAAUGGUCAGGAAGCCUAGUUGGUUUAGUCUAGCAAGAUCAUCAACGAAAAACAAGGGCCUAGGUAUCACCAAAGGCACUCCUCAACCGGGGGUCUCACACCGAAAAAAUCCCAGUAUUGACCGGAAUGAGGCUAUGACAGCAAUUUCCUUGAGACCGGGGAGUAAGUCAUGGCAAGAUAUUUCUCCUUGGGAUCGACGCAUUCCCAUCGGCAUUUCCGUCCCCACAGACAGUGUGUCUGACUUCAGCUCAUACCAAGGAGUCCGGCAUCGGGCAGGAAGCGACACUACGCUGGUCACUCCUAGCAUAAUCAUCACGCCCGCUGCGGCAAUGCAGUCGGUGUGGUCGCCUGACACACCAUUUACGGAAUCCGACUAUACCCCCAGCAUCCACUCGCGCAAUCCUUUCAACGCGUCAAAUUCUGAUGUCCCACCGGUUCCAGCUCUACCUACAGGACUUGCGGGAUCUUCAAACCCCCAAUCCCACACUGCGGCACCCUCGGGUGGGAAUGGUGUGCCCAGUCACAUCAGGAACGACACGCUUGAUUCUGUAGGAACUGCGUUCGAGGAGGACGACGACUUGAAGAGGAAAAAUCGUAUAAUGUCUACUGGGACAGUUUUCGAGGAAGAUGAUACUCCUCUACGGGAGAAAACAAUCGAUGCACCUUUAGCCAUCGAUACUUCAACGGUCCCUACGCCACGGAGAUCGCAAGGAUGGUGGAACUUCAUUACCACCCCGUUUGUGAUGACACCCAACACAGCAACGUGGUCUGUAAACGAACGCACCGGUGAGCAAACACCAGAUAUGCCACUGUUGCCUACCCACUAUUAUACAAGCAAAGACGCACCAGCAUCUCCAUCUACCUACACUUGUCAUCGAAACGCGACUGAAGUAAACGCAAACCCAGCGAAUGCAGUAUCUGUGAGCACAGGUAAUCAUCAAACUCAGCAAGCCACUUCGAUCCCCGAACGAGUUGUGACAUCGCCACUAUCAGCGAUGUCGGCAUCGCCUGUUGUCGGCACAGCGACUAUUGGCACUGUUUUAAUGCCCCACCAAGUAGAAGAGCAGCCUCGACAGAUCAAUAUUAACAUAGAAUUGCAAGACAGGCGGCCGCUCUUGAACAGUCAAACGUUUAGGGUCGAUCCGCCGAGCGUACAGCAAGUUUACACAUCUGCGCCUGCGCCCCGGGCGGCAAACGCAAAUCCAUCGACGCAAAAGCCUAGCAACUCACCACAGAGUCUUCCGGUGUUUGCUCCCCCACCCACCUUCGCCCAAAAAGGAUCGCAUUUCAGCUACGAUGACAUUAGCCGUUCCAGCUCGCCUGCAUCUACUCCUGAUCUCAAAGCACCCAAAAAGCACCGAAAAGUCUGCAAUGUCAUGAGCCUCCUACCAGUCGGCAAGAAGAGACAACAAAAGCACAAAGACGCACAGAAGGAGAAAAAGAAGAAGAAAAGAGGGGUGUGCUUCUGGGGCUGCUGCUGUUGUCUCAUUUUCCUCAUUCUUCUGGCAAUCCUUAUUCCAUUGGUCGUUGUCCUUACGAGAAAGAACAACAAUAAACCUACCACGACACAGCCAAAUCAAGAUGUCGGUAAUCAAUGGCUUAACUUACCUAACUAUCCUCCUAUGCCUACCGGUAUAUCCACUAUCGCGCAGCCCGAAGCGGUGGAGGAGGAAAGUGGGUGUGUGGCACCAACGACGUUGUGGAGUUGCGCACUUCCAAAAGAGCUUCAGGGGUCUGUAAAACCGAAUAAGCCGGACCAGCCAAACUUCAAGAUCGGAAUCACUUAUGAAAACGGUACCUCAGCAGUGCUACCGAGACGAGCUGCAAAUGCCGUAUCAGCUGGUGCCUUUAUCAGGUCACGCUUGCUUCGGAUGCGUUCUGCGCUUUCGCCAUCGCCAGCCCCUCCGAGCGAUGCGGACAUGAACUUUCUGGGAAAGACAACCGAUGGGAACAGUGCUCCAUUUGAAGGCGAGAAGACUCCCUUGUUUAUCACUUUUCAAGACCCACAAGGCAAAGCAUCUCGUCUUGCGAAGCGGGCUGAUCCGAGCGAUCCGACAAACAUCACGGCCGUUAUUCCUCCACCCAUGCUUGAUUCGGAUGGCACUGCUGCAUCGGCCAACCUCUUGCCCCUUCCUUCUGCGCAACCUCUUAGACUGUACAAUCGUGGGAAAGACAACGAGUAUUACGGCUUCUACACGUACUUUGAUCGUUCUAUCUUCCUAAAGCAAAUCAACGGUACCAACCGCGGCGGAAAUCCUGCCGACACGGACGGAGGAAGCACCAAGGAUGCUGCGAAUCUAAGGUGCACUUAUUCAGAGACGCGAUUCCUAGUUCAAAUCUGGACCAAAAGUCAGAAGAGCAAGCCAUUACUGCAGAAUUCUGCUUCCAAUGCAUCGGAUAUCUUCAAGCGACCAGGUACCUUCCCUUACCCAGUCACGUUCACGAUGGACCGUCAUGGUGGGAAUGCAGCGAAGAAGAAUCUCUACUGUUACGAGAUUGAGAGCGAUGGCACCAUCAAGAACGAGGCUUCGAAACGAUACUUCCAGUUUGAGGAUCGCGCGUUUGGAGGCAACCUCGUAAAUGGUACGCAGGGCCGCGGAAAUGUAGUUGGACCCAUCGAUGGGGGAACCGGAGGAUGUCGUUGCCAGUGGCAGAACUGGCUCAAUUGA